GCUUGUAUCUCCCGCCUAUAUAUAUCGGGGGCGUAAAGUCCUGCAGGCAUCAGUUUCCUGCAACACGCUCAACAUGAAGCUUGUCAUCCUCGCCACCUUGGUCGCUUUGGCCGCUGCUUUACCUGACACUUAUUCCCACGAGAGGGGCGACGUCGUGCCUAUUUUGAAGGAUGAAAGAAUCACCGAGGAAGACGGAAGGUACAAUUUCGAAGUGGAGACUGGUGACGGCAUCGUCAUCUCCCAGUCCGGGUCCCCGGUAGAAAAUGGCGCCAUUGGCAAAGCUGGACAAUUCUCUUACACCUCUCCUGAAGGUAAAUAUAUUGAGCUGAAGUUCGUAGCUGACGAGAACGGCUUCCAGCCCCAGUCUGAUGUGCUGCCAGUGGCUCCCGAGUUCCCCCACCCAAUCCCUCAGUUCGUGCUGGACCAGAUCGCCUUUGCUGCUGCAGAAGACGCUGCCCGCGCCCGUGGUGAGAAGCCGAGUUACAAUAAGUAAACGACUAGCAGGGAACGACCUCCGACAGCCCACCCUGGGAGGCGUCUUUACCCGCCUCCCUGUACCAUAAGAACGACGAUCACUCACCACGGUGUGAACUCGAACCAUGUGAAUUUAUUCCUUAUUUUAUCUCUAUUUAUUAUGAAUGAAAUUUAGGAGGAAAGCAUACAUAGUUUAUCUGUCUGCACAUCAUAAAAACAUUGUCGGUACUCUCAACACACUACGCGCCCCCGUACCAGUCCUUCUUCACCACUUCAGCUGAUAAACUAUGUAUACACUUCUUCUCUAUGGUCAAUACUAUUCUAAAUAAUAAAAAAAACAGAAGUUAUAA